AUGGGAAGAAGCAUAAUCGCAUUGGACGACCUAACAGUCAACAAUCUUGGAGUUUUUGAAAAAAUCAAUGAGGUCAGUCUUCCCACCACGUAUCCUCAAUCGUGGUACACUGCAUCGUUAAGCUCCUCCGAUGUGAUUGUUCAACUCGCCUUUUACUCAGAAUUGCCUGUGGGCGCUAUAAGAGCUCGGUCCUUCAAUAACAACCAAAUCAGGUCGUCAUUUGCUGAGGCGGUAAAUUCAACAGUUUUGCAGAAAACUCCCAAUUGCGUAUAUAUUGAAAGUUUUGCCGUGUUGGAAAAGUAUAGAAAUUUGGGAAUAGGUUCAAAAUUACUCUCGUGGGUGAUUGAAGAGACAAAGAAUAGAUACAUUCACGAAAUCGUUGUGCAUGUUCAAGUAACCAAUGAAAAAGCUAUCAAUUGGUACCUCAAGAAGGGGUUUGAAAAGCAAGAUUUGGUCAAAGAUUACUAUAAAGAGCAGGGUUUGGAAUCGCCAGACGCGUACAUAUUAACGCUCCUGGUUUAA